GAGGCUGCCCUGGAGGAAGCAGAGGCUGCCUGCCAAGUACCUGCCCACCUGGGGUCAGGGUGAGGGCAAGGCUGUGACUGUGCUGUGAACAGCCUGGAAAAGAGGUGGGUAAACAGGUGGCCCUGGGGCAACAGGCUUUGGUUCUCAGGCUCCUUGUCAAGGAGAGCCAGAAAUAAAAAGCACGUAAAUCAGAGAAACACAAAAUACAUAAAAAGAGAAUAGCUAUUUUUCCAACUCCCUCACUUACUCGUGUGUCUAUACAGUUCUGGAAGAAUCAGACACGAAGGGCAGUUUGCUUAGUCUGAUCAUAGCUAAUGUAUCGUUCAUUCAUUCACCAAGAUGUUUUGAGCACCUACCUUACGCCCUCAAGAUAAACUCUGAAAAUGAAGAACCCUGUAUCCCAGAGCUCACAUCUUAAUGGCAGAGGGGAAGUGAAAACAGAAUAUAUAUAACAAGUAAAUAAACAGGAUGAUUUCAGACUGUGUUCAUGCUCUGAAGGAAAUAACAGGGUUAUGCGACAGAAAGUAUUCGCUCAGGUGGAAGGGAGUCCUACUUUGGACGCCGUGUCAGAAACACCUCCCUGGGGCACAAAGCUUUUGGCAGAGAGGUGGCCAGUGUGCCCCGAGCGCAGCAAGCUGACGCUGGAGAGGCGGCCGCAUCCGUGGGGCAGGGUCCUGGCGGAUGCCUGUGAUGGCGGGAAUGCGGCUGGAAAUACCACUCGGCCAUCCUCCCGGGUGCAUUAGCGAGCGCUGUGGUCUCCCGACGGCCCUCCGCAGGCCGACCUGGGUUUAAGUUUGGGAAACCCCACUCUCCUGACCUUGGUAAAGCUGCCUGAUUUCCCUCACUUGAAUAAUCAGCGAUUUCUCUUCCUUGUGUGGGGACUGGCUCCAAACCUCAGCCUUAUCAAUUAAUCCUUACCCUUCUAAACAGCCGUUUACAAAACUAGCAGUAUUUUAAAAAGAAACCCACAAAAUUUAAAUAGAACAAUACUGCAUAAACAAUCGGGGAGUAAAUUCCCCGGGAAAAACUGAUCAUGUGGUUGGGGUAACCAGCUGUCAUUCGGCUGACGGGGGCCUAUGGGACUCAAUGUCGAUCCCAGGUCUGGGUGGCCCCGGGCGCUCCCGCUCGCUUUCCGCUUCCGAAGCCCAGAGCAGAAGCGCUUCAGAGCUGACAGCCAUCGAGGGCCCCGCGCUCCCCCUCGUCCUGCUGGGCGAGCUGCACCCGGCCGAGCCCGGUGACAGUGGCGGGGGGGGGGCGGGAGCGAGAGGCGGCCAGGGAGCUGUCGCGGCGCCCUUUCCUUCAGGAAAGUAAGUGCGAAGCGGCGCGGGGUUGGCCCGCGCGGCGACGGGAGGCGGCCCAGGGGGAAGAAGCAGGAAGACAGCGACUCUGGGAGCCGACCAGGAGGAGGGCCCAGGCUGCGGGGCGCGUCCGCACAACCGGAGCCGGGCCCCCAGCCCUUAGCUACCCGGUUCCCCCGACGCGGGCGCGAGGGGCGGGGCUCAGGCACGAGGCCAAUGGGAGGGCGAGCCGGGGCUGGGCGGGACGCCAGGCGGCGAGAAGACCAAUGGGAGGCCGAGCCGUGGGCAGGGGCGGGUCGCCAAGCGGCGAGAGGGCCAAUGGAAAGCUGGGCAGGGGAGCGCGGGCUGCUGCCAACCCGCGCCUCGGGAGAGGGACCCGGAAGGCGGUGGGGGCGGGGAGCAGGGCUGACAACCUGUCAAAUCUACUUUGGGACGAUGUAGGUCACGCGCCUCCUGGAGCCUGGGCGCUCCCGCCCUGCGAGGCCCGGUGGGUGGCCCGCGGGCCGGGCCCGGUCGCUUCCUCUUCCUGCGGCGGCGGGAGCGGGGCGGGACACCUGCAUCCCGGCCCCCGGCAGGCCGCGCUGCUCCUGGCCGUCGGCCGCGCGGUCUUCCCCGACAGUCGGCCCAUCGCGGCCUCGCAGUUGAAAGUAUGGCCCUCCCGAGCGGCUUUACGUGCCGAGAACCCCCCACGCGUGCGGCGGUCCCCACGCCGCUCGCCGAGGGGCACGGCGCCUCCUUCCCGCGAGCCCGCGUUUGCGGAAGCCGCGGACCGCCGCACUACUUGGCGCGGAAGGAGAGGCGAGCGGCGGAGGGAUCGCGGCCCAGAGGGAGGGGCGCGCUUGGACCGGUCCGCGCUGGACCGCUGUCCGUUCUGUCCCUGGUGCCGCCGGAGGGGACAGGCCUGCGCUGCGGCGGUGGCGUGACGGGGCUCCGGGGCGGGAGGCCGCUUUGUAUCCGCGCGGGACGCGGCGUCCCGCGUCGCUGGGCUCCGUUCCCUGCAGCCGGCCCCCAGCCCUCCAGCGUUUCCCCGCGGGUACGAGGCGACGUUAGCGCGGGUCCCGGGACACCCCGUGGGAUCCGUUCCCCGCUUCGCUCAGCCCGCGUCCAGGUCUGCGCAGUGUGGACCGCGGCAGCGUAUCCGCCUGUUCAAGGUUCUCAAGAUGGAUGUGGAUGCACGUCUCUAAGCAACACUUACGUUACUGUGUUGAUUCCAUUCAUUAUUGUUUCUUGAUGCAAAUAUGCUGAGGACUUUUGCAUUGAAUGGUCAGCAUAUGAAAUGCUUUGUGUAAUUUUUACUACUUGGGCACCCAGAUUAUGUUAAUUUCCACCCCCAGAACAAGGUGAUACAUUGUUUUAACUAACAGUGACCAACUUCUCCACUCCUCCCAAACUGAAUAAAACCUAAGGAUGACAAUGUAGAUUUAAAGAACUGAAAUUCGAAAGUAUUUUAAAUGAAAAUUUUUGAAAAGGCAAUUAUUUGAAGUGUUUCUUCGCAAUAUUACAGUGAAAUGGAAUAAAAAACACUUUCAAAUAAUAUUUCUUUAAACAAAUAUUUCUUGAAUACAUACAUUGUGUUCAAACAUGUGCAUGUGAAAGCAUUGUGUUCAAACAUUUUAUUACUUUAGCAAAUGCAUAUUUCAUCAGUAAAAAUUUUAUUUCGUUUUAAAGUCCAGCCUUUAAGUGCAUUUUAGCCACCGCAUUUGGAAGAAAACAAUAUGCUACAGCAUCUGUGUAUAGAAUAUACAUAUGUAAAUUUUUUUACAUUUACAAGAAGCAUGGUCACCAAGAAAACUCUAGAUAAAAAUUAAAAAAAUAAAAUGUUUUAAAUUCAACAUAAACAUGAGCUUAGUCAUCAGUAAUAUUAUAAUUCUUGAACUACCAUAUUAUUACUGUAUUAUAUGGUAUUAUCAAAGAUUGGAAUAGACAUCCAACCUUUUUUAUUAAAAUCAAACAAAACAACAAAAGGACCUUUAAUAUGUUUCAUUAUAGCUAAUUCCUUAUUGCCAGCUAUUUUCCAAAGGGAGAACUUGUUAUCUAUUUUGACCAAUUGGCAACCCAACAGUGUUAGAAGCUCUUUGCAUUCACUGAAAAUAAAAAAAAAGUACCAUCUUUUCUUACUUCAAAAGUUUUGUUAUCAAUUUCCACUGAAAGGUAAGUUUUUUUUGUUCAUCCUUUUAAUGUUAAUUAAUCAUGAAGAAAAUAAAACCACAAGUGUUUUUCUUCAACAAGCCACAGGAUUGUCCAUAGCAGAAAGUCAAUACUCAAAACAUGAGAAUGAAUUGUAUAUCCCUAUAUAAAAACUGCAUGCUGGAAUUUAACCACUAGAUAUAUUACAUUAAUAGGUAAAACUGGAGAUUUUAAAUUUUAAAGUGCUAUACUAAAACAAUCAUCUUGAUGCUUUUGGGUAAAUUUUCACUCCUUUAACAAAAGGUAAAAAACAGCAGUUCUUGAAAUGAGUGUUUUGAUAUGAUGUGUCACAUCUUUUUUCCUAAUUUCAUAAGAAAGCUAAUUCCAUUUCUCUCCUCAAAUAUAAAAAUUAGAAACAUUCUGCCUUAAUUAUUUCUUCUCUUGUAUCCCUUAGCUAGCAAAUUCUUUUGGAAUAGACUCAGGAAAUUAAUUACCUUUAUAAAUGGAGUUACUGUUUUGUUUAAAUACUUCAUGUGUAAUUUUACAAUUCCCUACCAAGAUGUCUUGGCAGUUUUUUUUUCUCAGCUGGCAGUGCAUUUCCUGGACUAGAAGGAAAGAGCAGGCAACCCCUUAAAUAUUUUGGGGAGGGCAAGUGGCUUCACCCUAGAGUAAAGAUACCCUCAUGGCAGCUCAGUCUCGGCUAUGUGAUUGGAAAUUCAGCUUGGACGAAAAAAAGGUAAAAGGUUCUGUGAAUGAGAAAUAAAUAAGCCUUGAGUUAGAGGUUGUAAGCCAGUGGGCUGCAGAUGUAUUUUGUUUGCCUCUCACAAUGUUUAGAAAUUUUUUAAUUACUUUCCAAGAUUUUAAAAAUGAGAGAUUUCAGGCAGAAAUACACAGGAUUAUAGCUUCUCUUGAAAGUUAGAUAUGGCCCAAUUCCUGCUUCCUUGCCUGCCGCUAUAGCUGACUAGUUGCCGACCUCUUUAGACAGGGUGUACACUCUAUAUUUUGGGCUCAGUACAAUCAUUUAUUUUAACCACAAGGCCACUGGAGGAAUCUGUGUUUGGAAUACUUGCUCGAGGUUAUAUAAAUUUGUGAAGGACUUCAUUACAGAGAGAAAUUAGGCUUAGCAAGCGUAGAGAGAUGAUCUUUGUUAACUGGAAUUAUGUAUGGCAACCCACAAGCAUCCCAUUGUGUGUCUUACCAGUCCCCUGGUACAGGGAAAGGUCAGCUUGUAUCAAAGUGAAAUAUUUUUGUGCUGUACUUUCGACUUGAAAAGUCACCGCCUUGAUUCAAAUGAAUAUCACUGGAAGUCUUGACAAUAGAACCUGUGAAAGACCAUACAGAAGAAGGGAUCCCCUAAAGGGCUACAAAAUAACAAUAAUGAUGAUGAUAGUAGCAAUGUCUUGAUAUUAUUGAGCAAUAACUAUGGGCCGGACAUUGUUCUAAGUACUUUAUCUGAACUCCGUCAUGUUAUUGUAUCUUAGUUUCCCAUUUGCUACUCACCUUCCUUUUCUUGUUGCACCUGCCUUGAACCCUCUGAAAUCCAGACAUGAGGUGAGGGCUAUAGUUGGCUGCACCUUAGGGUGGCACAACCCUAUGGCCAUCACUGCUCCUAAAAGUGUCUGGAUGUCCUUUACUACUUUUCCCUGGCCGUACUCCAAACUUGUCCUCUCGUAGGCCUCUUCCUGUCACAUUCUGUGCAUCCUUUCCUAUUGGCAUCAGACUUCUCACCUCAGCAAGAAAUACUCCCUUUUUAGGGCAGAGAAGAGAGAGAAUCAGGCUGAGGCAACAAAUUGGUAGGAAAAAAUGAGACGAAAGACAGAGAAAUAGGAUAGCACUAAGGACAGGUAGGUGGAGAGCGACACAGAAACACCAGUCACCCACCCUGUCCUCUGCCAUCAACAGCAUCGUCAAAUCCACAGCAAGACCCAAGAGUAACAGCCGGACACUAGAAAAUGUUCCAAGUUGUGUCAGAUGGAUUCCGUGUUUGAUGAUUGCUGGGAGUGUGAAGACCAGCUCUGCAGAGUUACAUUCGGUAAGAGGAUUUUUAAUUUCAGCCAAAGAACUCACCACUUCAUUUUGUAGCAAGCUCCAGUCCAUUCUGGAAAAGGUGAGCAUUCAUAUAAUGAAUAAAUAGUAUCAAUAUUUUGCCUCAGUAGAAAAACCCUGAAUAAACAAGCAACAGUUUCUUCCUUGUUUCAAUAUUAAAUUGCCUAGUUGGACUAAAGCAGAUCUUUAAAAUCAUGAAAACUGCCUUGAGUCACUCUAACUUUGUCUUCUACUGUACUUGUAUUUAUUUAGGCUUCACGGGAAUUAUGUUUUGGGGACGUGCUGAGGCACGGAAAGCUUAAAUGAAGUCAUGUCCCCCACCGUCCACCCCGUAAUGCAUAUGUUUAAGCCUUGCUCUUUAAAUACAACUGUGUCUGGAGAUGGGGCCUCAGGGAGGUAACUAGGGAUAAAUGAAGGCCCAGGGUGGAGGCCCCGACCCCAGAGGAUCGGGGUCCUUUGUGAGGACAAGCAUCAGAGAGCUUGCUCUCCCCCUGCCCUGC